AUGAAGGCCUCGUCACUUUCUCUCGGCGCUGGAUCGCUGUUUCUUCUAUCGCUCGCAUCGCCAGCUAUCGCCAGUGACUAUGAACUGGUGGAGACAUGGCAAGGAGAGGAUUUCUUCGACUACUUCCAUUUUUACACCGGGAAGGAUCCAACGAAGGGAUGGGUCACUUAUGUUGACCAGGACAGUGCAGAGAGCGCAGGACUAGUCAAGAUCACCGACAAGGGCACUGUAUACAUCGGUGUUGAUCACACAACUACCCUCAGCCCUAGUGGCAAAGGGCGUGACUCGGUGCGCAUCGGCACCACAAAAUACUACGAGCAAUCUUUGGUCAUUGCCGAUAUCGCGCACAUGCCCGGAAGUGUUUGUGGCUCUUGGCCUGCCUUCUGGACCGUUGGCAGAAAGUGGCCAGAGGAUGGUGAGAUUGAUAUUAUUGAAGGAGUCAAUCUCCAGGAUCACAACGAGAUUGUUAUGCAUACAGCUGGUACUUGUGCCUUGACCGAUCAAGGCAUGAGCGGAUAUGUCAACGCGACGGGAUGCGGCGAGGCACUGGGACCUGUGGGUUGUGUCGUGGAGGGCCAACAGGGCAGCUAUGGCACUUCAUUCAACAACCAGGGUGGAGGUGUGUACGCUCUAGAGUGGACAGAGGAGUUUCUCAAGAUCUGGUUCUUCCCGCGUCACGCCAUUCCUGCUUCGAUUACCAGCGAUGAUCCCGAUACCAGCGAAUUCGGAAUUCCAAUGGCUCUGGUACAGGAAGGCUGUGAUGUCGCCAACAGUUUCAAAGCGCAAUCAUUCGUUUUCGACGUCACAUUCUGUGGCGACUGGGCUGGCGGUGUCUUUGGGGAUUCUGGUUGCCCCAUGACUAGCACGGAUUCCUUCCAAAGCUGCACCAACUAUGUCGCACAGAACCCCGCCAAGUUCAAGGAGACCUACUGGGAAAUCAACUCCGUCAAGGUGUAUCAGACUGGGGUGAAAGCCACAGACUCGGCUCCCUCGCAUGUCUCUGCUAGCCACGAGGUUUCAUUGCCAGUCACGCACACUCAUGCGACUAAGACUGCGACUGAGACCCACGUAAACCGACCUUCUGAUACUUCGGCUUCGGUGGCUAACCGCCUAACGGGUGAAUCUAUCAACUCAUCCGACAAUGCCUCCGAUGCGGAAGACGUUAUUCUGACAUUGGGUUAUGUUCAUCCAAUUUCAUUCGCUAAGUCAACAUUCUCUAAGCCCACUAUGGAAGCAUCGAUUGAGCAAGCGCCUGUUGCUACGCAUGCGAAACCUGUCACCACCCGGUAUGUGACGGAGUUCGUCACUGACACUACGACCAUCUGCACUUCGUCUGAAAGUUUAUCCAGCCAUCAGGUCGUUAAGAGCGCCGUUUCUUCUACCCAUGUCUCACAAGUUUCCCAUGCGUCUAUGUUUAUCCACCCCGCAUCAUCCGUCGUACUCUCGGCCCAUUCGUCAAAUCUCCCUCAUGUAUCGGAGACUACCCGCGCUGUGCCUGCGUAUGCCUCUGAUGUCCCUCAUAUAUCCGAGACUACCCAUGCUGCGUCUUCGUACGCCUCAGAUGUCCCCCACGUAUCGGAGACUACCCACGCUGCGUCUUCGUACGCCUCAGAUGUUCCCCAUGUAUCGGAGACUACCCACGCUGCGCCUGCAUAUGCCUCAGUUGUCCCCCAUGUAUCGGAGAAUAGUCACGCUGAACCGUCAGCUGUACCCUUCGACCAUGCCUCGACCGCCUCACACGCGUCGGAGAUUACUUACGAUAUCCCUGCUGAGGCCACGCAUACCCCACACUCAUCAAAGACUACCCACGCUGCAGCAACUGUUGUUCCUUCCGCCCACGUCUCACAGACCACCCCUGCUGCACCAACCUUUGACCUUGAACCUCAAGUCGGGGGGGGAACCUCGCAUGAAGGAGCAGCUGGGCAGAAGACUACUUCCAAGGGACUGGUCUCCCCUUAUCAAGCACCGGGUGGUGCAGAUGCAGCCUUGUUAAACCCUACUAGCCCGUGGGCACCUGUCAUGACUACACCCACCACUCACCACCACCACCACAAGCCCACUGCUGGCCCUGGAGGAGAUUCAGUUCCCGCAACCCCUCUGGGAUCGCCACAAACCUCGAAGCCUGUCAUUCCGAAGCCUUCGGGCAGCUUUCUGUCGCCUGAACACACUCUCAACCCUGGCCUUGGAGGAGAUUCAGCUCCCGCAACCCCUCUGGGAUCGCCACAAACCUCGAAGCCUGUCAUUCCGAAGCCUUCGGGCAGCUUUCUGUCGCCUGAACACACUCUCAACCCUGGCCUUGGAGGAGAUUCAGCUCCCGCAACCCCUCUGGGAUCGCCACAAACCUCGAAGCCUGUCAUUCCGAAGCCUUCGGGCAGCUUUCUGUCGCCUGAACACACUCUCAACCCUGGCCUUGGAGGAGAUUCAGCUCCUGCAACCCCUCUGGGAUCGCCACAAACCUCGAAGCCUGUCAUUCCGAAGCCUUCAGGUAGCUUUCUGUCGCCUGAACACACUCUCAACCCUGGCCUUGGAGGAGAUUCAGCUCCCGCAACCCCUCUGGGAUCGCCACAAACCUCGAAGCCUGUCAUUCCGAAGCCUUCGGGCAGCUUUCUGUCGCCUGAACACACUCUCCACCCUGUCCCUGGUGCCUCACCCUCUGGAGCCAGCCCCUUCUUCACUGGCGCUGCUGAUAGGCUGUCCGUUAAGUAUUCUUUGAUUGCUGCUGCGAUAGGCUUUACUUUCUUCGCAUAG